AUGAACAACGAUGCUAGAGAACUGAUUUUUUCGGAACCAGAACUAAAUUUACCACUUAAAAACUAUGUUUCAACAAAGAAAAUUGUGUCUAAAAACUAUGGAAAAUCAUCUUGUUAUGUACGAACUGGAUCAUUUAAAAGUAAUGCCGGUAUAGAUUGGUAUGAUGGACUUGCCGGACACCUACUUGAAGAUGUGUAUUCUGCUGAUGGAACUAGACGAUCACGACAAUACCCUCCACUGAACCGUCUGAGUGGAUGGUGGACAGAAAAAACGGAUGGACUUUUAUAUUACGAAUCCAAAGGCCUUAAAUCUAGUUUGAAUCUUGCAGCAUUUGAUUUAGACGGAACUCUGAUUACAACGAAAUCCGGAAACGACUUCCCUAUAGAUGAAAAUGACUGGGAGUUAAAGUUUCCUGAAAUAACCGAAAGACUGUACAAGAAUCGAAUCGAGGGUAUCAACAAUGUUAUAAUGAGUAACCAGAAAGAAAUUGGGUUAGGUUUGCAAAAUAAAGAAGAAUGGAUGACAAAAAUAGAGAACAUAAUUUCUAAGAUUGGAGUACCAAUGUAUGCUUUAGCUUCUACGAAAGAUAACAAAUACAGAAAACCGGAUGUUGGAAUGUGGGAACAUUACCGAUGUUCUUUAAACCAAUUCAGUUCAAUUGAAAAGUCCGAUGCAGUAUAUGUUGGUGACGCAAAUGGUCAAGAGGGAAGGCCAGAUUCAGACAAAAUAUUUGCUGAAAACGUUGGCAUCAAAUUUAAUAAUCCAGAAGAAUACUUUCAUGAUGACCUUUAA